AUGUCCAAAUAUUCUCACCUGCUAUCAAAAAUGGGUGCAUCAGAAGACAUUGCCUGUCAAGAGACAAAUCUGGGGUUCUGCCAAAAGCAAGAUCUAGCCAUGCCUGCUUCAAUAAGCCACACAGCAAAGGUUAGGGUGUGCUCUGGUGGUAGUAAGGAUGUCGUCAAGGUAAAGACAACUGCAGCAAACCUCCGAAAGAUGGGUGUUGGAUCAAUCUUAAUGGUGACUGUUGGAGUUCUCAAGCUUGCUGUAUCCAAGGGACCCAAUGGCAACAAUCUGCAGAUUGUACCAGGCAUGACAAAGAGUGACAUUGAUGGAUAUCUGCACACUCUCUUCCCUCGUCUCUUCAAUUACCUCGAGAACCAUGAUGAUGAUGGCAGGAAUAAUUCAAACUUGACACUGGCAGGUACCAUGCUUGAAGUGGACCCAGAUUCUUUUGAUGAUUUGAUGAAUGAAGUUGCAGAGGUGGAGGACAUAGGCACUGUUGGAAGCAAUGAUAUGGAUGAGUCUGAGAAUGAGGUGUCAGUGCUCCCAAAGGGAAAAGACUCUCCUAAUCUUAAAAAACAAACUCAAUCCAGUGGUGCCAAGCUGUUUGCAACUUUCCUUAAUUCCAACUUGGAUUCUGAUGUUGAACUGGUGGAAGAUCAUAGCCAUAAAGGUGAAAGGACAAAAGUGCCACCAAGGGUCAGAUUUGAGAAGUACUACACUGGCAGGCACUGGUAUAGAAUCAUUAAAUUAUCACCAACCUCAGUGGCACCUGCAGUCAUGUUAGAUGUUCCUGCAGCAAAGUCCACUUUGGAGAAUUUGGAUGGUGAUGAGAGGUGCAGUGUGGCACAGAUUGAUAUGACAUGGCUGGAAUCAGAGCUUGAGACAUUGGAAGAUGUUGGUUUGAAUGAGAUCCUGCCAGCUGAAGACAAACCAGCCUUGAACAUGUUGCUGGAAGACUCAAAAUCAAGCACACUGCUUGCCAGUGUCAUACCAGUGGACAAAUACUAUAGUGACUUCAGUAUUCCUGAAGAACAUAUGCUAGUACCCUCUGCAUCCAAGUCUAGCAGUACCUCAACAACUACUAGUACUACUGCCAGUGCUUCCACCUCAGUUUCUUUGACUCAUGCAGCACACAGGCCUAGGGAUCUUGGUUUUGGUUGUUCACAGAAUCUGCAGGCACUGAGUAAUGUCCCCUGA